UGGGAUUUGGAUCCGUCUUUUUUUUUGUCCUCCCCACAAUCCAACAUAUUCGUGGCAGCAAGAUGAAAGUCGCUCUGAAGUGGGGAAAGCAGUCGUUCGAUGUGGACGUAGACCUCGAGCAUGGCACCGUCGAGCUCCUUCGAGCGCAGAUCUAUGCGGUGACGAACGUCCCCGUGGACCGCCAGAAGCUCAUGAGCAAGGCAUGGAAAGGGAUGUUGAAGGAUGACGUGGCCUUGUCGAGCUUGGAUGCAUCCAAAUUGACCCAAAUCAUGUUGAUGGGGUCGGCCGACGAAGUCAAGGCGCCGGAGGUGAAGACGGUGUUCACGGAGGACCUGUCAUCGUCCGACCUUGCGUCUGCCGGGGUCACGUAUCCCGCGGGCCUGACCAACUUGGGCAACACGUGCUACAUGAACUCGACGCUCCAGUGUUUGCGGUACGCCCCCGAGUUCCGCGAAGCACUCAAGGAGUACAAGGGCGGGAUGACGUCCGAUUUGGCGCACAACUUUACGUCGAGUCUGCGGGACAUGUUUUACCAAUUGGACGCGAACAUUGACAGCAUUCCUCCUAUUCUCUUCGUCGACACGCUUCGUCGCGCGUUCCCACAGUUUGCCCAGCAAGGUCCCCGCGGCGGGUACAUGCAGCAGGACAGCGAUGAGUUCUUGUCGUCGCUGUUUGGGACGUUGGCGCGGCAGCUUAAGCAACCCACGACCACGAUCAAGAGCCUCGACACCACGGACAACAUGGUGGACGCGCUAUUUGGCUUGGAAAUGGAAGAAACCCUGCAAUGCGCUGAAACCGACAACGAGCCGGUGAUCUCGAAGAAGGAGAAGGCGCUCAAGCUGGUGUGCAACAUCACGAAAGACACGAAUCACAUCUCGGAAGGCAUCACCAUUGGCUUGGAAGGUACGAUUGAGAAGAACUCGGACGUGCUGGGCCGCAACGCCACGUGGAAGAAAUCGCAAAAAAUCAACCGGUUGCCCAAGUAUUUGUGCGUGCAAUUCAUGCGUUUUUACUGGAAAUUGACUCCCGAGAGCCGCGACCAUACAGGGGUCAAGUGUAAAAUGCUGCGUCCGAUUAGCUUCCCCAUGGUGCUGGACUCGUUUGCGUUUUGCUCGGACGAACUCAAAGCCGUGCUCAAAGUGGGCCGCGACAAGAAUGCCGACUUGAUUUUGAACGAAUUCAAAGACAAGAAAGUAGAUGGAGGUGCGGCGGCGGUUGAAGUGGCGGACGUCGAGAUGGACGAAGACGCGGCGGCGUUGGCGGCGGCCAAGACCAUGUCGUUGACGGGAGGCCGCGCCACGGCGGGGAUUGGGCUGCCGUUGGACUUCCAGGGGAACUACGAGCUGUUUGCAGUGGUGACGCACAAGGGCCGAUCGGCGGACUCGGGCCAUUACAUUGGCUGGGCGCGCGUCCACGACGACGACUGGCUGUGCUUUGACGACGACAACGUGACCCCGUGCAAGUCGGAAGACAUUCAAAAACUCAAGGGCGGCGGCGACUGGCACAUGGCGUACUUGACGUUUUACCGCGCGAAAAACUAAGUCGAUGACACUUUUGAAUGGGAUGGACGACCUAUUGUUGCCUACUUGUUCCUACUUACAC